AUGGGUUUUAGCAAAAGAUUGGUUCUUUCGAUUUUGAGCAUACUGGGUUUGCUCUCUCUUGCCUCCGGGGCUCGCCUCUACUCUUCCUCUGCUUCAAAGCAGAAGCUGGACGUCCAGAAGCACUUGAAUCGGUUGAACAAGCCAUCUACCAAGUCCAUUCAGAGCCCGGAUGGAGAUAUCAUUGACUGUGUUCCCAUGUCCAGUCAGCCAGCUUUCGACCAUCCUUACCUCAAAGACCACAAAAUUCAGAUGAGGCCUAGCUUCCACCCAGAAGGACUGUUUGAUGACAACAAAGUGGCUGCUGCAGCAGAAUCUAAAGUGAGAGCAAAUCCAAUCAAGCAGUUGUGGCAUGCCAACGGUAAAUGCCCUGAAGGCACCAUUCCAAUCAGAAGGACAAAGCAGGAAGAUGUUGUGAGAGCGAGCUCUGUGAAAAGAUAUGGUAAGAAGAAGCAUAGAAGCAUCCCAAAGCCUAAGUCAGCCGAACCUGAUCUCAUUAACCAGAGUGGCCACCAACAUGCGAUAGCAUAUGUUCAAGGAGAUAGGUAUUAUGGAGCCAAGGCCACCAUUAACGUUUGGGAACCAAAGAUACAACAACCCAAUGAGUUCAGCCUGUCUCAGUUAUGGAUAUUGGGAGGAUCCUUUGGUGAGGAUCUCAACAGUAUUGAAGCUGGUUGGCAGGUCAGUCCAGAUCUUUAUGGUGACAACAACACAAGGCUCUUCACCUACUGGACAAGCGAUGCAUAUCAAGCAACUGGGUGCUACAAUCUGCUAUGCUCGGGCUUUAUCCAGAUCAACAGUGAGAUAGCAAUGGGUGCAAGCAUCUCUCCUGUUUCUGGCUUCCGCAAUUCCCAAUAUGACAUCAGUAUCCUUAUCUGGAAGGAUCCAAAGGAAGGGCACUGGUGGAUGCAGUUUGGAAACGACUAUGUGUUAGGGUACUGGCCAUCAUUUCUGUUCUCAUACUUAGCAGACAGUGCCUCCAUGAUUGAGUGGGGAGGUGAGGUGGUGAACACAGAACCAGAUGGGCAGCACACCUCGACGCAGAUGGGGAGUGGGCAUUUCCCGGAGGAAGGGUUUGGUAAGUCGAGCUACUUCAGGAACAUUCAAGUUGUGGACGAGUCCAACAAUCUCAAGGCUCCCAAAGGACUUGGCACCUUCACCGAGCAGUCCAACUGCUAUGAUGUUCAAACUGGCAGCAAUGGCGACUGGGGUCAUUACUUUUACUAUGGAGGCCCUGGUAAGAACGCCAACUGCCAGUGA